UUCCUCUUUUUUCAUUUAUAACAGAUUUGAUUUGAACCCACUUGAGGAGUACAAGAUGAACCACAAACGGCGAGGUCUGGCUCUCAUUUUCAACCAGGAGAAUUUUUUCUUUCGGCUGAAGUUGAGUAAAAGGACUGGAACAAAUGCUGACUGCGACAACUUAAAAAAACGACUCGAGGAGUUAAAUUUUGAUGUCAAAACUUAUGAUGAUGAAGGCCAGAAAGAGGUCCUGAAUGCAAUCCAUGAAGCUGCUGAGGAGGAUCACUCUGAUGCCGACUGCUUUCUACUGGUCUUUCUGAGCCACGGCGAGAACAACUACGUUUACACCCACGACGGCAUGAUCAAUAUCCAGGACAUCAUACAUGCAUUCAGAGGAGACAACUGCCCGAGCCUCGUAGGAAAGCCAAAGAUCUUCAUUUUUCAGGCGUGUCGUGGAGACAAACACGACGAGCCAGUGGUUGCCUCUGGGGCUGCUGACUAUCAGGAGGUGAAUAAUAAGGUGGUGAUUGAUGCCAGUGCACUAAACACUCUUCCUGCAGCAGCUGAUUUCAUCAUGUGCUAUUCUGUGGCUGAAGGUUUCUUUUCCCACCGAAAUACCGUCAAUGGCUCCUGGUUCAUUCAGGAUCUGUGCGAGCUCCUUCAGAAGUACGGGAAUACCCUUGAGUUCAUCGAGUUGCUCACCUUGGUCAACAGAAAAGUGUCAAUGAGAGAAGUGGGGGCAAGCAGUGAUCCGAAAGCUAUUGGGAAAAAACAGGUUCCUUGUUUUGCUUCCAUGUUAACCAAGAAACUCUACUUCCGGAAAAAGUAACAGCAUCGAGUCAUUGUCAUAAAAUCAAUGGAUUUUAGCUUUAAAAGUACAUUUGUUUUAGUCCUUAUCCUUAAAGACUGACUCCCAGUAUACUUUGAAUUAUAAUUCUGCUGUUGUCAGUCAAAAUAUAUUUAAGAAACAAAAUAGUCAUUUUCUCUGACAUAGUGUCUGGAGAGCAGCAGGAGUUGAUUAGAAAUUUGCUCCUGAGCUUUGUGCAGGGCCGUUGGCGCUAAUGGUCUCCAUACAUGUCCUCCAUCAUCAGAAAAAUGCCACAAGAGCAUGUUAAAAACUCAAACAAAUGUAUUUUCAUUGGAUUGGGUGUUUAAUAUCUCUGUGAAGACUUUUUAUCAGUCUGUGAAAUCUUGAGACACCACCGAUUAUCUAGA